UUAUCACCCGUGGCAGCUGCCUGUGCUGCGACGUGUCUGGGGUCCCUGGCCCUAUCUGGCCUGUCUGCUUGGGACUCUCCUCUAGUGCGACGCCUGGCUCCCCCUCGCUCCCGCUUUCAUGCUCUCUUUCUCGCUCGUCCUCUUUCAGGGCCCCCAGAUCCUGGUUGCCAUGGUAGCACUGCAGCGGGUACCAGGUGGUGGAGGGGGGCAGGGAGCCGACACUGCCGCAGUCUCCGCCAUUUCCGAUGCCAGGCACCCGCGAGGCGCCGUGGCUGGGGCUCAUUUGGGGGGGCCCUCGGCGCCUCCCCAGACCUCGCAGGCAUAUAAGGGGGCAUAUAAGGGGGCGAAAGAGGGGUGGCUGGUGGCAUCGUGGCCGGGGGAGGGGAGGGUAAAAGGUGAGAAGUCAAGGUGAACAGAGGAUGAUCAGGCUGGAGGGGGGGCGUUUCGAGGAGGGGCCGGGAGAAGGGAGCCCUCCAUGGGAGCUGGUGGGGUUGGGGGCCACUGAGGCUAGAAUGAGCCGAACACCAGCUCCUGCAGCCUUGUGGGGAGAGGGGCAUGACCAGGCCAGGCCUCCCUCGGACCUUGGGGGAGAUGAGGGCCUGGCUGGAGACAGAAUGGCAGCCAGCCCAGAGGAGGCAGGGGCGGCAGCUGGAGGGAUGGAGAUGCGGGAAAAGGUGGAGGGACAGCGAUGGGAGUGAGAGAGAUCUGAGAUGGAGACAGAACCAAGGGAGGAAAACACUGGAGGAGGAAUGCUGACGAAACACGGGUGCCGAGGCACGGGUGGGGCGAGCGGCCGCGGGGGGCGGGGAUUGGAAACACAGGAGCAAGGGGACAGACAGAGCCCAGAGUCCCCCGUCACCAUCUCCUCUCUCUUGCUCCCAACCCUCUCUACCCCAACCCAAGCAGAAUGCAGUUUCCAUGACAACCUGGCCGGCCAGAAAGGGGGGCAGGGGACUGCAGAGGAAAUUUUCCACAUCAGCAGGAAGAGGAUGUGAUGCAGAGAAGGAAUGGGCUGGAUACAUGGCGGGUGGGGUGCCACACAGGGCCCUGGAACCCCAAAACAUCUCACCCACUGCCUCCCAGGAUUCUCAUCCUGCCCCCAGGUGGCACCCCCCACACCCCCACCUCUGGGCCACAGCAGGGGAGGGGGAGGGUUCCAGAGAGGCUCAAGGGUCAAAUGUCCAAAGCUCAGCCGCCGCCCAAACCUCGUGUGUGGGGUGAGGUGGGGGGAUGGGAGGCAGGCAGCAGCUGCGGAGCCCAGACCGCAGGCCACCAAAUCCAAGGGCAUGGCCCUCAACGCGCUCCCGAGGAAAGUGGGGAUAGUGGGCUACGGCCGCCUCGGACAGUCCCUGGUCUCCCACUUGCUGACUCAGGGACCAGAACUGGGCCUAGAACUCGUUUUUGUCUGGAAUCGUGACCCAGGACGAAUGGCGGGGAGCGUGCCCCCUACCCUUCAGCUCCAGAACCUUGCUGCCCUCGGGGAGAGGCACCCUGACCUUGUGGUGGAAGUGGCCCAUCCCAAAAUAAUCCACGAAUCUGGGGCAGAAAUCCUGCGCUAUGCCAAUCUCCUGGUGGGAUCCCCCUCAGCCCUGGCUGACCAGGCCACAGAGCGGCAGCUCCUGGAGGCCUCGCAUCGCUGGGGCCACGCUGUGUUCGUGGCCCGGGGGGCCCUCUGGGGCACUGAGGACAUCGCCAGGUUGGACAAAGCCGGGGGCCUCCAGAGUCUCCGUGUCACCAUGGCCACACACCCUGAUGGCUUCCGCCUUGAGGGACCCCUGGCUACGGCGCACAGCACUGGGCCUCGCACUGUGCUCUAUGAAGGCCCUGUCCGCGGGCUCUGCCCCCUUGCCCCCCAAAACUCCAACACCAUGGCUGCCGCUGCCCUGGCCGCCCCCGGCCUGGGCUUCGACCGUGUGAUCGGGGUGCUUGUGGCCGAUUUCAGCCUCAAGGACAUGCAUGUGGUGGAUGUGGAGCUGAGCGGACCCCCGGGCCCCACAGGCCGAAGCUUUGCUGUGCACACCCACAGAGAGAACCCCACCGAGCCAGGCGCUGUCACCGGCUCUGCCACCAUCACCGCCUUCUGGCGCAGCCUCCUGGGCUGCUGCCACCUGCCCUCCAAGCCGGGGAUCCAUCUCUGCUAAGAAGCCUCCUCCUUCCCAAGAGGACAUCCUCAUAUUAUUUACCUCCCACCGCCACCGUCCCGGUGCUGCCUCAGUAUCCCCAGACCU